CGGUUACAGUAGGUUGCGGCAUGCACUUCAAACGUUGGUUUGUAGCCCGCAAAUUUCACCAAAGAAGAAGAAAAACCACCAGGCCCCUUCCCUCAGAGGUGAUGCUGCAGACAGUGAAGAUGAGGGCAAAUCAGACGUGAGAGAGACGCUAUUCCGCUGUGUGGGGGUGUGUGUGUGUGGCACUCAAUUUUUUGAGGAAGUCAAGAAACGGAAGAAAAUGGAGGACACAGGCUAUGCUUCACGGAUUUUCUCAAUGAUUUUUUCUUGUUUCAACGGUGAACCAAAUGGGAUCUAUACGGCUUUAAGUCAGUGUUCGUGAAGCCAGAUCUCGGAGCGACAUAGCCGCACUGAAACAACGAUGCUAGCUUGCUAUAGCUUGCUCUUUGAUGUUUGUUUCUUCGUCACAUAACGUUACUGUUGUGGUUAUAAUUUCAGAUACAGCGAUAAAAACUGUUGAAUCCUCUUGCUUCGAUUUUUGUAUGAAUGGAAAACGUUAAUUUGAGUAACAUCAGUAAGUGACAGCGUCUUGCUACAGUAGUUAGCGAGCUGACUUUAGAUGUAGCCUCGGGUUAUUCUAGACAGUUACGAGGUUUAUAUGACAGUGAUGACAUUUAAGAUCGGUUAGUUACAAAGCUGUUACGCCGCAAUAAACGCCAAUGGUUUUUGUAAAUAAUUUUUGUUCGUAACGUUACUAAAAGGACAACUAGUUCAUACCUACGGGUUUGCAAUGUGUGCAUCUUCAACUAUGGGGUAACGUUAACGUAACGGUCAAAUAUAAUCUUAGCUGGAUAGGAACUUCAGGAAAGAGACUAUAUGUGACAUUUCAGGCAAUUUUAUGUCUGUGACAAAAAAAGGGGCCUUUCUGGCCAGAAGGUGUUAAGUCAGGGCCGGAGAGUUGACACAUGGUCUGUAGGUAGUUUAAGUUUUUUUUCUUCUUUUUUUCUUUUUUUUCUCCAAAAACAGCCUUAUCAUCAGGUGUAGCUCAUAACUACCAGCAAUGCGUCUUUCCUCGUUUUUGGCCGUGUUCAGGCCUGCUUUACCCCUCAUCCUCGGGCUGUCUCUGGGAUGUAGUCUGAGCCUUUUGAUGGUGUCUUGGACACAAGGGGAUACCGGUGAGUCCUGUGGGGAUGAACUGGGCAAUGGGAGGCUUUUCAUGGGCGGAGCAGAUGCCCAGAGAGACUCAAGGGAUGAAGCUGCAGAUGAAGACGUCCAGCCACGUAUCGUGCCCUAUCACAAGGACCCAAACAAGCCACUGAAGAAAGUCCUCAGAACUCGUUACAUUCACACUGAACUGGGCAUCAGAGAACGUCUGCUGGUGGGUGUACUGACCUCCCGGGCCACCCUCAACACACUGGCUGUGGCGGUGAACCGCACUGUUGCCCAUCGCUUCCAUCGCACCUUUUUCUUCACAGGCCUGCGCAGCCCUAAGGUGCCUCACGGCAUGACCGUGGUUGCUCAUGGCGACGACCGGCCAGUGUGGCUGAUGUAUGAGACAGUUCGUCACCUCCAUCAGCACUACGGCUCUGACUAUGACUGGUUCCUGUUAGCCCAAGAUGACACCUACAUGCAAGCAGAUCGUCUGUCAGAGCUGGUUGGCCACCUCAGUGCAGGUCAGGACCUCUAUAUGGGCAGGGCGGAGGAGUUUAUUGGUGGAGAAGAGAAGGCACGCUACUGCCACGGGGGCUAUGGCUACCUGCUGUCACGCAGUCUGCUGGCCCGUCUGCAGCCCCACCUUGACACCUGCCGUAAUGACAUCCUCAGUGUGAGGCCCGAUGAGUGGCUGGGCCGCUGCAUUAUUGACUACCUGGGUCUCAGUUGUGUGGAGGUGCACCAGGAGAUGACCUAUCGUUACUUCGAGCUUGGGAAAAACGCAGAUCCAGAGCGUGAAGAUAGCAUACCGUUUAAAAAUGCCUUCACAGUCCAUCCUAUAUCAGAACCAAAUCUGAUGUACCGCCUGCAUAAACGCUUCAGCCAGAUAGAGCUGGAAUGGACUUACCUUCAGAUACAACAGCUGCAGGUGCAGAUCAACAACCUGAGUGACCUGACACCAGAGGGUAAGGCUGGAGUCACGUGGCCUAUUGGAAUCAACCCUCCCUUCAAACCCAGAUCCCGUUUCGAGGUUAUAAACUGGGAGUACUUCACCGAAGAGCAUAUUUACUCAUGCAUUGACAGCUCCCCCAAGUGUGAGAUGAGAGGGGCUGACCGUGCAGAUGUAAACGCAGUUCUAGAGAUUGCAGUGGGGCGUCUGAAUGAACGCUACCAGCCCCUGCUACGCUUUCGCAAGAGGCGUCUACUUAACGGUUACAGGCGCUUUGAUCCCACGCGUGGUAUGGAGUACAUGCUGGACCUCGCGCUGGAGGUGUACACCCAGAAAGGCCACAGUCAAGUCAUUGCCAAACGGGUUAACUUAUUGCGACCUCUUAGUGCAGUUGAGAUCAUCCCCAUGCCCUAUGUGACAGAGGCAACACGGGUGCAGGUCAUCCUACCUGUCACUGCCCAGGACCAGGACUAUGUUGGUAACUUCCUCGACAUGUAUGUGAUGAACACGCUGGACACCCAUGACAAUGUUUUACUCACGUUCCUGUUCAUCUAUGAUCCCUUUGAUGCACAGCGAGUCAGCCAGACGGAUGUGUUUGCUGGCAUUAAGGCCAUGAUCGGGGAGGUGGAGAAGCGCUACGGAGACGUGAAGAUCCCCUGGAUCAGCGUGAAGACGGAGGUGCCCUCGCAGGUCAAGCUGAUGGACAUCAUCUCUAAGAAGCACCCAGUGGACACUCUGUUUUUCCUGGCCGGCGUGUGGACAGAGGUCAACGCUGACUUCCUGAAUCGCUGCAGAAUGAACGCCAUCAGCAACUGGCAGGUGUUCUUCCCCAUCCACUUCCAAGAGUACAGUCCUGCUGUCAUGUACCGCGACCAGCAGCCCUCCGCUGCCUCCUCCUCUUCUGCUUCUGAGUCGCUGCGAGACGGCCACUUUGACCGCCACGUCUUCGACGAGGCUUGCUUUUACAAUGCGGACUACAUGACUGCACGGACCAAGAUGGCUGCUGACAUCUUGGACAACGAGGAGCUGCUGGAAAGCAUGGACGUGUACGACAUAUUUGUCCGUUACUCGGGUCUACAUGUGUUCAGAGCUGUAGAACCGGCGCUGAUCCAGAAAUACGUGCGGCGAGCGUGCAACCCCCGAUUCAGUGAGGAUAUCUACCACCGCUGUGUCCUCAGCAACCUGGAGGGUCUGGGGUCACGCUCACAUCUAGCUAUGGCUCUUUUUGAACAAGAGCAGGCCAACAGCACCUAGUGGCCUGGUCGUAGAAUAAUGUGACCUUUAAUAUAAUACUUUUGUGAUCCAUACACUGACAUUCUUGUCUAUGUAUUUGGCAGAAAGAGGUCAGGAUCAACUUAAGAACAGCAUCAGCUUGCUCAUGGACACUUUGACAGAGCAAAUGUGUUCUGAUGCAUACAUUCUUCCAGCUGCAAAUCUCAUUGAUCAGUAGUUCGGAGUACUAAUGACUUAGGAGUCUGUAACUGGGACUCUGUCAUGUCUAGACAAAUAAUGAGUCAUGGAUGUGUCAGAUUGUGGACUACUGUUUUUAUUGCUGCCAUUGACUUAUUCUUUCAGGAGCCAAGCAAUGAUAUUUAUACUCCAAAUUUAAAAUUAAAAUAAAAGAAGGCUGUGUCUUGAAAUAAAUGGAAAAAGAAAAAAACUUGAGACUUAAGUCUUCCUUUGUGAAGAUGUUUAAAAUGAAACUGGACAACAAGCUGAAGCCGUUGCCUGCCUUGUCUUUUCUUUUUUAUGAGGUAUUAAAGAGUGAUAUUUCUGUUCA